AUGGCUGCAAAACCAUCUCCAGACAGCUUCACAUUUACAGUGGGCAAGCUAGAUGCGGGAAUGGCGAUUCUGUUAGGAGAAAGGGCUCAUUUGAUUGAGUUUCCUUCAAUAUUGCUACCGCCAGGCGCCACCACCGGAUCUAUUGUCAACAUCGCAGUCCACCAAAACCAUGCAGAAGAGAAACGGAGAGACGCAGAGUUUUGGGAACUCCAGGAGGAGAUUCUCAAGACCUAUGGCGUGGACUCGCCACAGACGCCAGAACUCAAGGUUCGAAACGUCACCCAAACCUCAGUCACCCUGGAAUGGCCCCCGCUUCAACUGGCAACAGCCAAGCUGCGUUCAUUAGACAUCUACAGAAACAACCAGCGUCUAGCAGCAAUCCCGUCACCCAUGAACAACUUCUCGACCAAAGUAUCCGGUCUCGAAAUCGACAAAGAAUACACUUUCCAACUCAUCCUACGCACAACGGCUGGCACGUACCCAUCACCCCUGUUGCACGUUCGAACACACACCAUGACAGAUACAUCGGGUAUCUGCGUUUGCUUUGGAAAUGUUCAAGACGAAGUGUUGCUGGAAAACGCGAAGAUGGCCUUGCGCGAGAUGGGCGCCAAAUGGAGCGACAAGAUCCAAAUCGAUACCACCCACUUCGUGUGCACGACCCCUGCUGCAACGCCUUCUGGUGCUCAGGCUACCGGAAGUACAACUUCAGCACCAGGUGUGGAAUAUCAAAGGGCAUUACAGCUCAGUAUACCUGUCGUCCAACCUACCUGGAUUCUUGCGUGCCAUUCGGAGCGGCGAAUGGUCCCCAUCGCCCAAUUCUAUCUAGGCGCAACGCCAAACACACCAGCCUCCGCCGGAUACAGCAGCAACCGACCCCAAUCCAUGUCCCACACCCAGCUCCCCUACACCCCACCCGCAACAGGCGGCAGCUCCAAGGGCACGCCAGCCUCCUACCGCGCCUCCAUGCCCGCCCCCGCCCGCUCACCACCCAACAGCGCCAGCUCCUUCGUGAACAACCAACCGUUCUCCGCCACACCCUCCGCCUCCGGUCGACCGCAGUUCGAAGCAACCGUUGAAGAAUCGAACGAGGAUCCUGAAGCUGAGGAGGUGAAACUCCAGGCUGACGAUGGUGGUGGGGAGAGGACGCCUACGACUGAGAAACGCAAGAGUCGCGCGGGGACGAUGAAUAAGGCGUUCAAGUUCCCGCCUUCGCCUCCGCCGAUGAGUUCACCUGAUCUUCCGAAGGAGAAGGAAGGGGAGGGGCAAGAGGGAGAGGGAGGUACUGUGAAGGUGGACAAAGGAAAGGGUAGAGCGACGAGCGUUGAGCCUGCGAGUAUGGACGUCCCGCCGCCCCCGCCUGUCGAGAAGGAGAGUCGGGCUCAGUCGAUUAGUGAGAGUGAGGAUGAUGUUGGGGAUACUGUGGAUAUACCGCUAUAAGUGUUUCCUUUUUUCUGUUAUACCAAUUUCAUU